AUGUUCACAGGAGAUGUGAACACAGCUUUAGGGGCCAUUGUUAAGUCCAGAGGGGACGGGGAGGGUAAUAGCGUGACUUGCCCUUCUGGUUUUCAGUGUGGAUCGAGAUAUGAAGAUUACACCAUUGCUGAAAGAACUUCUACAGCUUUCAUCAGGAAAUGUUUUCCUGAAUCUGAAUGUAACUUCCAGGGAAAUUUUGACGUGAAUGGAGUUAAAUUAAGGACGGCCUAUACUUGCUGCUCUACUGACGACUGCACUCCUCCUGUUCCUAUAUUAUUAUCCAGCAGUUCUGAGACCAAUGGCCUGGUGUGUCCGUCAUGCCAGUCUGAGUCUUUCCCCACGUGUGACUCUUCAGUAACCGUAACUUGUACUGGUAAUAAUAAUAAAUGUCUUUUCAUGACAACAGAAAUGACAGCAGGACAAAACUCACAGUUAUCAAUCAUUAAGGGAUGUGCAACAGAAAGCUACUGUGUCCUUGGGAACUACUCCUAUACUAUUUAUGGUCUAACAACCAACAUUGCCAUAGUCUGCUCCGGUGACCAGACUACAGCCGCUACUCCAACUCGUGUCCAGACUACAGCCGCUACUCCAACUCGUGUCCAGACUACAGCUGUUAAUCCAAUCUGCUUCAAUUGAGGCAUAAGUGUCCAGAAAAUUGUCCUGACUCCGGCCGUUGUGUGUCUUCUACUGCUGAAAUGGCUUUUCUAGAAGAUUUACAGGUCCAUGUGGCCGAUGCUGACAUUCCUGUCAUUGUCAGAUAUUUCCAGAUUGUUUUACUAUAAAAUUUGAAAAUCCAAAUGUCGACGUCAUGAAGAUGCAAUACAUACAAGUUGUCAGUUGGCUAUUGGUUUACAAAGGGGUUUGGUGCUUUGUUCUCUUGGAAUCAUUCUAGCUGUAGCCGGUGAAUAAUCCCCUCAAUAAAUCAGAA